AUGGCGAACGAAGGCGACAUCGAAGAACACAUCCAGUUUGCUCUUUCGACCUCUUUGUCCGGAAAGAGUGGCGACAAUGAAACAAAUCAAGACGUAAGCUAUCCUCUGCAUGUGGUGGACAAAAAAAGGUCGUUGGAAUCGACCGAAAGAUCUCCUUUACUGCGCACAGCAGACACCGAUGAGCCAAUAUCGCCAAAAUCCGCGUGGAAUACAAAUUUUAAACGGUUCCGUUCCUUCACUGUGUCAGUUGCCACUAAGUCCCUGGUGGAGAAGGAGAGUCACGACAGACAGGCUUCUGCUUUCCUAGCUGGCUGGAAUGUCACGAACCUCAUUCAAGGCAUGGGUAUCCUUGGUGUUCCAUAUGCUGUGCGGGAGGGAGGCGUGGCUGCUGUCAUUUGUAUCUUCAUUCUGGCCAUGUUUUGUGACCUCACUGGUAUACUGCUGGUUGAUUGCUUAUAUGAAAUAUCACCCCGUAGCAAGUUAAGGAAGAGAGUGCGAGAGUCGUACCCUGAUGUCGGAGACGCUGUAUGGCCUGGAGUAGGAGGCAAGGUUGUAAGCGUCAUACAGACAGUAGAGCUGUACUCUGCGGCAGUGCUGUAUCUCAUUCUUCUCUCUACUAUGUUCUCUCAAAUAACAGAGAAGUAUGUGUCACUCAACUUGAAUGAAUGGGCCAUCAUUUGUUCUCUAGCAGUGCUUCCAAGUGUCUUCAUCUCAAGGUUAUCACUUAUUGCCUGGAUGAGCAUGCUGGCUGUGUUUUCCCUCAUGUCAGCACUGAUGGUUAUGAUAGCAUAUUGCAUUGUGCGAUAUGACCGGUGGUCAUGGAACAAUAUUCCUGCCUUUAACAUCAGCACAUUUCCAGUUGGGUUCGGUAUUGUAACAUUCAGCUAUUGUGCUCAUGCUGUGUUUCCUGGCAUAGAAGGCAGCAUGAAAGAACCAAAACACUAUAAUAAAAUGAUGCAUGUUUCAUUCCUCAUCUCAGCCAUUGUGAAAACUUUGUUUGGUCUAUUUGCCGUGCUCACGUUUGGCAUUCACACGGAUCAAGUGUUCACAGUCAACAUGGCUGAAAAUGUGGGCUUCAACACUGCAGCAACGGUGUUGGUGGCCAUGAAUGUGUUUUUUUCAUUUCCUCUUCCACUCUUUGUAGUUAAAGAGACAUUCGACAAAAAUAUCGGCCCUUACUUUCCACACUUAGCAAAAGGAACAAAAUAUCACUGGUACUGGCUGCUGUUGACAAGAGUAUUUCUUGUAGUCUUUGCACUUUUCAUUGCUCUUGUUGUACCUCAUUUCGGCCUUCUGAUGGGAUUUGUUGGCAGUUUUUCAGGAACGUGUCUAUCAUUUGCAUUUCCUUGCAUUGCACAUCUUAAACUGCGGUGGAGGUUUCUGCGAUGGUAUCACAUCACAGGUGAGAUUGCUCUUAUUGUUCUUGGAUUUCUUGUUGGAGGACUUGGUCUGGUAUACUCAGGUAAAGCUCUGGUGGAAUCAUUUCGUACAUUUUAGCUAUUGAUUUAAUAGUAUCAAGCCUGCAUUGAGUAGUCAACUGUGGCAAUUGGUUUAAAAUGCUUAAAACACUUCUUUUGUGAAUAGAUAAUAUGAUGUGCCUAUUCAUCAACUCAUCACAUCAGAAACACACUUGUGUAGUUAUUAAAAACAAAUUGUAACAGUGGAUUAGCUUAAAAGCAGAGUAAAACUAUACUUGUCCAUGUCUUUUUAACCUUUACUGGGCAUUUUUUGGUGUUGUACUAAAGGUAUGGUAAAACAGACAACAAAAAGGUGCAACUUGACAACAACCUCAUUUGUUGCAAGACAGGUUUGAACAAGGGUGGUAAAAUGCGUAACAUUGUUAUUGAAAGUAAAUAAAUUAGUCACUAAGACAGUGGCGCAGGGUUGGAAAUUGCGACUAAUACGGUCACCAAUGCGACUGACAUUUUUUCCUUGGUGACUAAAAAUUCUGGUUUAGUAGCCAAUUUGGCGACCUGAUUUCUCUAUGAUUUAGAUUUAAAUUAAAAGAGUUAAAACAAACAUUUCAUCUUAUCUUGCUUUGCUUCCGUCAUAAAAAUUGUGCCAAAAUAAUAUCACGUAAACAAUUCCAGUUUACCUCCAAAUUGAUACCGUCUUCUGUCUGCAAUAUUUUCAAACAGUCAAAUCUGAUGGAUUGCACCAUACUAUAAACGGUGUCAUUUACAUUAUACAAACUGGCCACUAAAAAUUUGCAACUGAUGACUAUAUACCAUAAAAUUCCAAUAAUAAGUCCCUCCAUGUAUAAGCCCCCCAAACUCGUAACACAAACAACCCUCCAUUAAAUCGCCCCUCCAAAUAUAAGCCCCCCUGGGGGAUUGUACUUGGAAAUUGCCCUCAAAUACAAGGUAAGACAAAGUAAAAACAGAAAAUUUCCUUCCAACUAUAAGGCUAGCCUAAUGGAUUUUGAAACGCCAAUUACCCUCCAUAGAUAAGCCCCUCCGAAUAUAAGACCCUCCAAAUAUAAGCCCCUUUAAAAAAGGCCUUUGAAAACUACAAGCCCCGGGGCUUAUUUUUGGAAUUGUACAGUACCUCCAGUUUGUCGCAAAAAGGCGACCUGAGGAUUUUUUUAAUUUCAAGCCCUGUGUGGGUCUAAGGGGAGAGUCCGGGGGUUCCAGACCCCCCUGUCAGACCUGACACUUGUUUGAGACUGAAAUUCUUACAUCAACAGGAUUGUAUAUCACUUUUUAACUGGCUAAUUUUUUAAUGAAACACACGUUGCAUUUUGCCAAUAAACUAAAUUCCAGGGAUAUUCAAAAAUGAAGUGUAUUUGGGUACCCUCCUAUGAUCUGUUUGCCUCUGCUCGCAAAGCAGUAUUUCCCAUGUCAACGGCGUUCACAGAUUUGAAAAACACACGUUCCUUUCUGAACCAAAGUUCCCUCCCCACCCCCUAAUCAAAAAUUUUUGGAUCCGCCCCUGCUUAGGGCACCCUUAGACAGAAUUGGCCCACCAGUCGGACCAGUUCUGUUGUAAAUGCAGAAAAGUAUGGGUAUCUAAAAUAUUUCAGGAUAAUUUUAUCUUGUUGUCACGGUAGAGUCCAGGAUUGACCGCGCCGAGAACGCCUAGGGACUAGGCUGAGAAAACCACAAACUAAUUACUGUUGUUGCUUGCCUUAUUGUUAAUUUCACCUCUGACUGCUUUUUACUGUGGAACACAUUAACACUACAGAUAUAUUUCUGAUGUUCCCAGUUGUCUUACUUUCACAAUAAGGGCUAUCGAGCUAAAGCUCUCAAAAAUCUUACAUCGUUUUAAGAAUGAAUGGUCUAACCGGUUAGUUCGGAUAUUUGUGGUAUGGGUCUUAAAUUUUAAGUCAUUAAAAUUGAAGGUUGUUUUCAUUUGGAAUAGUUUUACUGAACGGUGUAAAACAGAGUAACAUUUUAAGAUACAACUAACUCAUUUCCAGUGACAAAGUAGAGGAUUUCUCAUCUCUGCUAAAUUGGACUGGUCUCUGUAUCUUAAAACCAGAAAAUGUUUCACCAAGCUGGAGAGACAUCGUAGUAAUUUGGUGGACAUUUUAGUCUGUUUGAGGUACCUUAAGCCUGGUUCUCAUAUGCCGCCGUUGCACCUGGGACAUGGCGGCCGGUACUACCAGGGAUACUGUUCUAAUAUGAGAACAAAAGCGGCCGGCAACGUUGCUCCUCCCAGUCUUUACUGCCGGCAUGCCUGCGAAGUUGUAGACUGCGAGCAGUCUCUUAUGUCAUUUUUCUUUGCAAAGUUACUGCAUGCGAAACCCAAGCACGCGAGUGGCGAAUUAAGCCGCGAGAGACAACCCUCCAAGUUGCGACCAUUUUACUCGCCAUGGCGCCUAAAAUUUUGGAACUGGCGACUUGAUUUGGAGAAUAGUCGCCAAGCUGGCGACCGUGAAGAAUAGGUUCGUGUUGGCGUAUAGAAACAGAAAUGGUAAUCACUUCUACUGAAAUAUGAAGAACACUUAUUCUAGCUGAUUUGAAUUCUGUUACUUUUUUACUUUUCCGUUGAAAAACAUGCUAAAUUGAAAACUUAAAAAAAUCUCAGAGCUAAGCGUUUUGAAAAUGAACAUCGAUGAAACUUGACUUGCAUUCGUUCGCCAAAUCGCCUUCAGUCUGUUGCCUUACACGUGACAUUUUAACUUUUGACACGUGACAAAUGGCACGCAAUCGAAGCGCCUUGCUUGUCGACAGUGACGGUUUCUUCGAUAUCUUAGGAAUGCUUGUCAAGCCAAGUUCGGUGGUUUUUUAACUGGACUACAUAUUAUAAAUAUUUUUGAAUCAAUACUGAAACAAUCUAAUAACAUGAUAAGGGAAAGCUAAAUUGGUGCAAAUUCAACACAGAACAUUAUGUGAUAACCGUAACAUGUGAACCGUGCUGCGAGUUGAAUGGCGGUUUUGUAAACAAAAGCGAUAAAUGUAAGCGAAACUAAACAUCGCAAAACUGGUUGCAAAAAAUGGUUUUUUUAAACACCUGUAGCGAUGAUAAAGGAAAAAGAAAAUUUAUUAUUUCGUAAGCGGCAUUUUUGUUUGGGUUCCUUUCAAUUGCUUGGGAAAAACAUUUUUUGCCAGUACAACUCGCUGCGAAAUUUUCACGUAUCUCUAUAAAGCUAUGAUUUGAUUUACAAAACUUGUUGAUCUUCCUAUACUCUCCUGCCUUUUUCAGGCUUUCGCGAUGUCUAGCGAUUUCAAAAACGACCUUUUAAAUCUCCAAAAAUAUUUGAUAGUUGGGGAAACAAGUUCAUCAUCAACAAAAGUCGCAAAAGAAAUGCGAAACAAAUAUCAGAAAAAAAAAAUAGGUCGCCUAUCAAGUUGCGACUGGGAAAUUUUGAACACAUUAACAGAGGAUGAGUUAAGUUCUGCUCUCAUAUACCAACUGGGGAUUAUACAGAAGGAUUGAAGGUCCUAAAGACAACUGGAAAUGGUAAUUGUCUGGUAAUUCCGUUUCAGUAUUGAUUCAAGGAGAUGAAUCUGCAAACGUUAUUCUCAGACUAUCAGUAACUAAUGCCUUGCACAAUAAACGAGUAAUUUAUACACAGUGCUGCAUUUUAAGUUAAACUUGCUAACUGCUUUUGUUAAUGACAAUUUGAUAUAUUAAUUUAUUAAUAUAAUUUGGCGCCUAAAAAUUUCCCCUGGCGACUAAACCCAAACAGCUGAUCGCCAAAUGGCCACUGAACAAAAAUUUUAACUUUGAGGGUUGAGAGAUGAGGGCAUCUCUUCUCAAUCCCUUAUUGUUAUAACAGGGUCGUGGUUUGCAAUCGCGCUGGAUGAGAUAAGAACUAGACGGAUUUUAAGAGAAAAGGCGGACUGCAAGCAGUCUAGCGAAGUUGACGCAGGUUCAACUUCGCGGGCAUGCCGGCGGUAAAGCUCUGCGAUGGCUUGAGUUACCGGCGACGCAUGUUAACAUUCGUCCAAGAAGUAGCUCAGGCGGCACGGGCGGCUACAACGCUGGUUUAUCGGCGGCAUAUGAGAACCAGGCUUUAGAGGCAAACACAGACUUCGUAGGAAGGUCGUAUUUGGAAAACGUCCCAAAAAAAGCCUGCGCCGGUGGUUGUGCAUGUCAUUUACCAAAGAACAGACAAUGAGAGAAAAUUACCAGACAAACUGAAUCCAGUAAGAAGAAAAUGAGGCGUCCGGAUGUCCAGGCGCGUCUAGACUGCAUUUGACACGUUUUGUCGUAUUUUUGUGCAUCACGUUUGGGAGUGAAAAUAGCAGCAUGGGUUGGGCCCCUGGUUGGGGAAAUGGAUAUGAAUUGUACUUUACCAGGAAUUACUUAUUUCGGAAUACUACAAACGUUUUGUUUCAGUGCUCCGGGAGAUGAAUUUUUAUUUUCAACUUUUAUGCGUGCAUGUUUUGACUUUCUGAGGCAAAAAAAUGGAGGGGGUGGGGCCGGCCCGGCCCCUCCCCAUGCCAGAACCCUGUUAAAUAACACUAAUAACAUUCAUAGGUGUUUAUUUACCAUUUUGAAAGAGGUAUGCGUGGUGGAAAUCACAUGAACAGCAAGUCUGUAACCUUCACUUGAAUCUAUUAUUGAUGUUCACUGCAAAUGAUAAGAUCUUAAGACUACUAUGUGCAGACCAACUCUCAUGGUUUGACCGUGAGACUCAAGGUUUGGGCAGUCUUCUCACGGUCUCACGGUGAAUCAGAAAAUCUUAAAAUUGCCAGGCAAUUCUGGUAGGAACAGCGUGAUUUUAAAAAAAACCGUCUUCAUAAUGGACAAAUAUUGUACCAAUCUAAUUUUGGGCGGAAACCUGAGUCCAAUUCCAACUUCAUUCCCGUAAAGCAUUGGUUCGCUAAGGUCUGUGGAAAAGCCUAUUCACUUGGCUACUCGCCGUCCUAUCGAAGAGUAAAACAGAAUCUUCUCAUUACGGCCAAAAGAGCAACAAGACAGUAAAACAGAGACCACUACUAGGGCAAAAAAUACCAGGACAAAAAUAAUCUGCCUUUUUGGUUUUAUUUGACACAUAAUUUCGAAAUCUCCGGGUUGCGGUCCCACUCUCCAGGUUUUUGGGGUAUUUUUUGAAACACUCCAGAUUUGCAUGGUUUAGGGAUUGGAAGGUCUAAAUAGAUCUGUGUGAGUCACAAGAACAGUUUUCAAAACUACUAAAAAAUGUUAAAUUUCUUUUCUUUUUUUUUUGGUUCAAGUAGAAGGGAAAAAACGGACCAAACACAAUGGCGUUAUUCAAAGUCCAACAGUCUCCACAGCGGCCUCCUUGGGGACAGAAGAAAGCGGCCGUUUUGGAGAAGUGGCUGUAAUAGGGGUGUCCUAUGACAAUUUUUUUUAAGGAGUACAACAUGUUUUUUUGUCCUAAGUUCACGCUUACUGUGUCCCAUAAUCAUGGUAAUCCAAUCAUAUAUAAUGAAUAGAGAUACAUUAUAAAUACGAUUGCCGCGAUUGAUCAUAUAAAACGUGCCAUACGCAUCAAUUCGUGACCAUUCUUGACUUUUUCAUCAGUCGCUGAAAAAAAUUGGCCGUUGUCGAAAGGUUAUUUUGGCAGUAAGGGAGAGAAGCAAAAGCUUAGAAGAGUUACCUAGCAAGCACUACCAAGUUACCGUCGAAAAUACUAAGUUAAAAACACAAGGCAAUUCCCCUUUUGAUUUUAAAAAAUAUGUUGUUAGGGCUAAUUUUUUUUCGUGCCCUCGGGCACUUUCAAAUUCGUUCCUACAGGCCUGCAUGGGAACUGAAACUGAAAGAAUCUAUCAUGUCACCGCAGCAGGAUUAGCUCAGUCGGUCAUUAGUACCUUCGUGCUGAAUACAUUGACACCAAAUAAAGUGCUCCUUUUUUAUCAAACAUUACGUUUUAAAACAUUGUUUGCCGCUCUUCACCCUUUAGGGCUUAGACUUUACAGAAGAAAUAUCCUUAAUGCCACGAUAAGAAACUACUAAUUUACUGAAUUUGAGAAAGUCUGGUCACGUUCACAGGGGAAAAAACAGAAAGAUCUCUUUGAUCAAUGUGGUAUGUUAUGUUUUCGAAGCGUGAAUCGAUCACUCGGAAAUUUUUAAGUACCGCAAAAUGACAAAUACAAAUCACAAGACAUGUCACGCCUGUUCCCGCCAAGACCGGAGACCCUUUUAUAGCAUGUUAUAGUCACAGCGGAGCAUGAGCAAAUUUAUUUGCAGUGCGCAGAGAUGUUUCGAAAGGUCUUCAAUGCAGAAUGUAUAAGAUUAACAACGAUUUAAUACACAGUUGAAAGCAGACAUGUUACAUGUGAUCAUAGAUAGACGCUAUGAUGAUUCAACUCGGCUUCGAAGGGUAGACGUUACUGGCGUUACUGGCAAACUCCGAAAACAUCCCAUAGCUCCUAGCGAACAUCCGGUAUUAAUAAUUUCCGGUUUAUAUGAUAUUACAAGAGGGAACCAGUUUGACGCGGUUUUGACGUGGAAUACGUUGGAGUUUAGCGGAAGCACACGUUCAAAACCUCCCUGAAGAAGGAAAACUGCCCUUCUCUCUGUUUUCUGUUCACUUUCACAAAGCGCAAUGGAUAGAGACGGAGGUUCAGAAAUGGAUACAUUAUCGAUCACCUCGCCAGCGAGUGUUAACGUGCCGUCUGGUAGUAUAGUAAUCGGUGAGCCUCACUUGGCGACAAUCGACGAAGACAUCCCACUAACAACAGUAAAAAUCAAAGGAAAGCAGGAUGAAGUUAAUGGCAAAUACAACCCCGAGCCAAACGAGGAAACUCCUUUGCUUUCUUCGGCCGAGGCAGGAACCGAGAAGAGUUCAAGUGCUCACGCACGCAACAGUAAAAGCUUCACUAGCACUUUUAAUUCAAGCCAAGGAUCUUUGUUCUUUGCCUCGCUGCAGCUUUCGUUGCAUUCCAGCAUGGCUUUGAUUUCGCAGUCUUUGAAUGGUUCUUUCAAACAGCGAUCGGUUUCGUUUUCGAUUCGAGACCGCGAAGGAUCUAAAACUACAACUUUAGUAGAAAAACUAUCAGACGAUGCCCGUGCGCCAGCCGUACUUGCUAUGUGGCAUGUUUUGAAUGUAAUAAUUUCCAGCAACAGUGUUCUGGGUAUGCCCUUCGCCAUUGCAUUAGGGGGCAUUGCCGCCUUACCACUCACCCUUCUUGUGGGAUUCCUCGUCAGCGUGACCUCAGUUCUGUUGAUUGACUGUCUUUACGAAAUCUCCCCGAAGAGCCGACUUCGCAAACGAGUAAGAGCGAGCUAUGCCGACAUUGGAGCGGACGUGUGGGGACCGAUUGGAGGCCACGCUGUGAAUAUUAUGAGAAUAGGUCUGACUUACUGCAGUUGCGUACUGAGGAUUAUGGUCUUAGGAAACACUCUGAAAGACUUGACUAGUGGCCAAGUGGAUCUGUCUCUUCAGGAAUGGUGUUUAGUGUGUACAUCGGCCUUGCUGCUGGCUGUGUUCAUCAAGAGACUGUCUGCCCUGGCCUGGUUAAGUAUGAUGGCAGUGCUAGCAGCUCUCAUUAUUUUCUUCCUUUUGCUGGGUUUUUCUUUAAGUAAUGUCAAAACAUGGAAGUGGGGCAGUAUUCUCUCUUUUGAUAUGAAUACCUUCCCAAUAAGUAUGGGUAUCAUUGUAUAUUCAUACUGUGGGCAUACUGUUUUUCCAGCUGUAGAGGGAUCUAUGAAGAACCCCAAAAAAUACAACAUCAUUUCCCACUGGGCGUUUUCCAUAUCAACAGCCAUGAAAUUUUUGGUGGGCCUCUUUUGUUUUCUCACGUUUGGGAAUGAUACCCAGUCAAUUGUCCUUUUAAAUCUCAGUACAUCAAAUGCUUCUAUAUUAAGUAAAAUAGCAUCUGUUCUAGUAGUAAUAAACAUGUACUUUUCCUACCCUGUAAACAUGUUUGUCGUUAGUGGGACUGUGGAUAUCCUACUAUUACCUAAGUUCCAGAAGUAUUUAAAGAUGAAAUGGUUCAAUUUCCUCUGGCUUUUGUCAACAAGGGUCAUCCUCGUUUAUUCCACCGUGGGUAUCGCACUAGCGGUGCCUCGUUUUGGGCUGCUUAUGAGUGUGUUUGGUAGUGUUUUGGGGGUUUGUGUAACUCUAAUUUUUCCCUGUAUGUUCCAUCUGAAACUCAAAUGGAAAAUUCUAAGAUGGUAUAACAUAGCUUUUGAACUGUUCAUCAUAUUAUUUGGGGUGGCGGCAGGCAUGUUGGGUCUAAUUUACUCUUCCCUUGCUCUCAAAAAAGCCUUGGGUUAA